CCUGGGUUUCAUCUUAUGACGCCUCGACAAACAUCUUAGUGAAUCGUUGAAUCAGCAUCGUUGGAGAUAAGUCAAUGCUUGCUGCUUGGUAUUGGCUUUCUCGAAUUUUCAACAUCAACACCAAACAAUUGCAUCAAUCUGUCUUCAAGACAACUCGUCUCUCUGGUUCUCCUGAUUUCAGAACAACAUUCAUUUCUCAAGUAGCAAGCACCUAAGAAAGGAACAAAAACCACUGGCACUUCAUUUCUCUAGCAAAAAAUGUCCGCUCCAACCAGUGGUGGAGAAGUGUUUGGGAAUCAUCUGCCCUAUUGCGAACCCAACUGGUAUUCCUCCAACUAUCGGUCGCCGUACUAUUAAGGUUUCUCCUAAUCCGUCUCCACAAGCAUCGUUGAGCCGUCUUCAAAACUUUUUGAAUGUUAGUUCAAAAAAGAGUGAACGUUGAAGAAAAAUAAAAGAGAUUACAAAAAAAGGGGAUCGAUGUUGGGAUGAUCUGCGAGAUGGAUUGGGGUGAGCGCUAAUACUACAAGCAAACCCAUCUGGAUUGGCGUAAGAGAUGUCGAGACUUCGUGGAGGACAAGAUUUUGCCGAACGUGAGCGAUUGGGAGAUUAUGAAGUAGAAGCUAAUCAAAAUGCUAUCCAAGUAGGUGAAACUUGUAAGUACCUAGCAUACUAAGUACAACCUGUAUAAGUACCUAGCAUACACAUACUAAGUACAACCUGUAAGUACCUGGCAUACUAUAAGUCUACGUAGAGCAUAUUUAUGACUUCCGGAAAUCCAUCUUCAGAAGCAUCUUGGACCUCCCGCGUAAGGGAAAGACGGGCCGAAGAUGACCUUCAAGAUGGAUUCCCUGAAGGUCUAACAGAUAUAGUGCGCAGAGCAUACUUCUGCGUAAGUACCUAGCUCCGCGCAGUAGCUCCGUAGCUAUAUUAUAAUUCCAUGCAACUUGUCAUGCUAACAAGAAAUUAGAAUUAAGUACAUGUUAGAAGCCAGAUGUACUCACAUACUUUCUUCACAUACAAAAGGAAAAGGCGCACACUUUCAUACAAAAGGAAAAGGCGAUCCCAAAGCACGUCUACAAGGAGGCCUAUGAAGCUGGGCUUAUACCUUGUGUUGUCGGCGUCAGGGGUUUUGAUUUCGUCGACUGCGAGAAACCGAAAGAGUACUUUUUAAGCUUGUAGUUUUUAUGUUGUUGUUAAGGUGAAAGGGAUGCACAUCAUGCUUUUAUUUUAUUACUUGUUCCCUCAAGAUAGAUGUAGUUUCUACUCAUUCAAUUUCUUGCGGCUUCGAGCUACGCCUACUGGCUUGAUUCGCUAACUUCCUGCGUCAAAUGAUUUCAUUGCAAUCUGCUACGAGAAUUGUCUAGCAGAGGAACCAAUACCACCAUCGUCAUACUCAGAAUACCAUGAUGAUUCUGAGAACCACUUCCAUCAUGAUUCUGAGAACCGAUACCAUCAUGAUUCUGAGAACCAAUACCAUCAUACAAAGCUGAGAAUCAAUAGCAAUAGGACCGUCAUCUCCAACCUACACAUCAGCUAUGACUACUUUCACGAACUGAUAUUCGUGGACGAGUUAGCGCGAUGUGCGUCUGGAGGGACCCUUUGGGGCAUCGUCGAAGGCCUCCAGAUCGGGCUGCCGCCAAUCAUCAACUUUGGGUCCAAGGCGUUACAGGACAAAGUCUGCAAGCCCUGUCUCAUGGGUGACAAGAUUAUCUGCCUGGCGAUUACGGAACCGGGGGCAGGGUACUAGACGUUUAGACAAGAAAUCUUAGAUAUCAAUGUUGAAGACUACUUGCGAGUACAGUUCCUUCUACCCUUCAUUCAUACGAAACCGGGAGCGGGGUAAUCAACAUUUUUACAGCUUCAGCUUGAAUUUGUGGUCAUGUCGUGAUUUUAACAUUUUGCCUCGUGUGCGUCGUUGGUACUUUUUCUCGUAGGCCUCAUUCUCCGACUUCCAUCGCAACCAGUUCCGACGUCGCGAACAUCAAGUGCAGUGCAAAGAAGGAGGGUGACCAUUACAUUGUCAACGGUGAAAAGAAGUGGAUCACGAAUGGCAUCUUCGCGGAUUAUUUUACAGUAGCCGUCCGCACAGGUGGUCCAGGGAUGAGGGGAAUAUCGAUGCUUUUGUUAUGGCAUGUUUUCUCAAUAGUUUGGAUUUUGGCUAUUUUUAUUUAUGUUGUUACUUAGCGGACGCGGAGAGGACAGAGACAGAGACAGAACGUCUUGUUUAUAAAAAUCUAUUUUUUUUAGUAGAGAAGCAAGCUAUAACAAGAGUACAAGGAAGAACAGGGUGGUUUUAUCCGGUCGUUAUUCUAUUUUCUAAUCACAAUCGAAAAAACGAUGCCUGGUGUUGCGACAAGACGAAUGGACUGCCAGGGAGUGCAUCCUUCAGGAACGACCUUCGUGACAUUUGAUAAUGUGAAAGUUCCAUGUUCGAAUAUCAUCGGCAAAGAAAACGAGGGCUUCCAUUAAGGCUCAAUAUAUUGCACUUCCACGACUCUCUCAUUUCUCGCAGUGAGUUUCCCUCUUGAAAUUCUGAAGAAGUUGAUAAGUGAACAGGCCAACGCCUAAACCACUAAGAGUUGGCUUAGUGGUUUAGGCGUUGGCCUGUUCACUUAUCAGAAGUAGCAGUUGGCUUAGUGGUUUAGGCGUUGGCCUGUUCACUUAUCAGAAGUAAAGGGAAGAAAUGAAAUGUUUUGAGCUCUAAUUCCAGGUGAUCAUGAAGAAUUUCAACCACGAGCGAUGGGGCUUUGUGAUCCAGGCGAACCGCUUUUCUAGAGAUUUGGUUGAAGAAUCACAGAAGUACGCUUUGAAGUUAUGGCCUACAAUUUUUUCCUCAUAUUACAACGACAAGCUACCAUCACAACUUUCUUCUGCAUAGUACAACGAAAAGCUAAGUGUUUAUUUCUCAGUACCUUUCCAAUUCCAUCAUACUACUCGUAGGUAACGUCCUUCACCUUCUUGGAGAGAAGUAACCAUACUACACAAACAAGUUGUAGUGCAGCAGUUGACUGAAUUCUUGAUAGAGGAUACGCAAACGGCUAGUCAUGGGAAUGGAAUAAAAUAGUAGAGCAGAAUAGGGAUAUGGAUUAUAUUGGAAAACGAAGCCCACAACGAGAAAGAUUUUCCUCUCUCUAAUCUCACGAAUGACCUUCGGAAAAAAGCUCGUGGACCACCCUGUUAUCCGAUGGAAGCUAGCAGAGAUGAUACGCCAAGUCGAAUCGAUGCACCAUUGGCUCGAAAGUACUGCGGUUUUUAGAUUUGGUUUCGUAGACAAUCUUUUUCGGGGUGAGAUGAGAUCGAUGGGAAACUUUCAGACAUCUUUGCUGGUGGACGAGACUGUUAUUUUCAUGGAUAAUUAGAGGAGUCUCGCAAAAAUUCUACAACCAUGGAUCUCAUCGUCUUCAUCUCAUCAUCCACCACCACAGAUCUGACGUUUCAAAUGUGCCAAAUGCCGUUUGACGUCGCACAGAAAGAACUUGGUGGCACAUUGGCAUUGGCGAAGGUGAAUUCCAGCAAGAUCAUGGAAUACUGUGCCAGGGAGGCCUCUCAAAUUUUUGGUGGCAACGCCUAUACGAAAAGCGGCUUGGGAGAAAAGGUCGAACGUUUAUACCGCGAUGUCAGGGCUUAUGCGAUUCCUGGAGGAAGUGAGGAAAUCCUGUUGGACUUGAGUGUCCGCGAAGCAGUGAAAUUGGGUAAAGCAAGACAGUCAAAAAUGUAGCUAGAAGCCUGGCGAGUCCUCUUCUUCUUGCGGUUUUCAUUUGAUAUAGAGAUGGAGAUUGUUAUUUAAGACCAGCCUUCACCAUCAGCGUCAUGAUGAGUUUUCUUUUUUUUAUCGAAAGGUUUAUUUUGAGGCCCUUUGAUUGCGGUUGUAAAGAAGGCCCGAAUCGUCCUAUUCCAGGCCAGCUUGAGUUUCGUCUCGCAGGUCGAUUCUAGUACUACCUCUCAAAUUUUCCACAAGUGACAUCAACUAGGGGAUCUUCGUUCUAACCCCACAGACGUAGAUCCUUACGUAAAAACAUCUGCUUUCUUGGUUGUGUUGGCUCAUCUUCCUUCUUCUUGAUAUCGCCACUGAGACUUACGUUUUUUAUGUGACUCGCGUACUAUCAGUAUCAUGACCAAUGAACAAUCAACAUUAAGUCCUUCUAAAUGUUCUUUCGUACGAACGGACAAGUACUACGAUGACGACGAUCAUUCCUUCUCAUAAUCAUCCCAUUUGUUGGGAGGCG